AUGACCGAAGAACCCACAACUUUUACUACAUUAAACAAGACCUCUAAGCAGAAACACACAAGAAAUAAUGACAUUAAAAAUAAAUACAAUUCAAAUGCAUUGCCAGUCAUCGAGGAGGAGGUAAAACAGCACAAACAUUAUAAAAAACACAAAGCCACAGCAGGAGACAUCGCCAGCAAAGGGGAUUCCUCUCAUCUGCCAUGGAAGCUCUUUUCUAGUGUCCUUGGCAUCAAGUUUCUUCUCCUGAUGGGUGGAGCUAUCACAGUGGCUGUUUUUAUUACAAACUCAUCUCCCUUAAAAACGUCUCCUACAAUCCAUCAAAAAGGGCCUCACUGUCAACCUUGUCCAAAAGAUUGGAUCUGGUUCAGAUGUAGCUGUUAUUACUUCUCUGUGAAGAAGCUAACUUGGAGUAAAAGUCGACAUGCAUGCAUGUCUCUAAAUUCCAGUCUCUUGAAAACAAACAAAGAGGAAAUGAAUUUCUUCCACUUGAAAUCUUUCUACUGGAUUGGAAUGUACUACAAGAAACCUGAAAAUCAAUGGUUAUGGGAAAAUAAUUCGGUUCUACCUUCAGAUAUUUCUGAAUGGCAACAAGCCUGUUUAUCUUAUAAGUCAAAAGAACUGUCUAUGGCUGAAAACUGUGAAAUUAAACAGUACUACAUUUAUCGAGAAUCUAGGACAGAACCCGACAGUAGAGAAUUCAAACAGGCAGAGGGUAAGAUGAAGGUUAAAGGUAAGACAGACAUCCGGCACCAUACUCAGGGCUGGAAGAAACAAGGAUGGAGGGAGCUCACCAGAGCCUCUCCAUGGUCGCUGGGACUGAAGAAGAUGGUGCACAGUGAGUGCUGGGGGUGCAGGGGCUUUUGGGAAGGAGUUAAAAGUGCACAGUGUGUACCCCCACUGCAGACCAUACAGAUUGAAACAGAGAGAGAAAAGGAAAACGCCAAGCUUGUUCCUCUUUCUAACUUCCAAAGCUCAACCCAGGAUUCCCAUCACAUGAACUAUACCAAAACUGUUUGA